AUGCCUAAAUCAACCAAAAAACCAAGUACAUCCAAAGAACAGCCAAAACGCGCAGCAAAGCAAACAACCAAAAGCCGUAAUGUGGCCGACAUGUUUGCACAACAAAAAGGAAAGCGACCAAGUUCUACUCAAAGUCAUCUUCAUGUACCAUCCAGCGAUGAAGACGACGACGAGCAGGAAAAGGACGAGUUGGUAGAUUCAGACGCUGAAAGUAAUGCAGACGAUUCGGGACAAAGUGACAGCGAAGUCGAGAUUAGUUCCAACAAGCGACGAAAGACUAGCAACAAGUCUGUGGAAAAGCGAGGCACACAAUCGACGCGCAAACAACAACGCAGAAAGAAAAAGUCGACGACAACGACGACGACAACGGUGCAACCUACUGAAGUCUCGAUUACGCACGACAGCCAGCUUUUGGAACAGAUACCCUCUGAUGAAAACGGCACGUUAUACGACCAAGUCUCCGAAGCAAAUGCAGAUAUUGAAAAAAUUGCCGCUUUUUGGGUUGCAAGCUAUCGCCAAGAUAAGGCCAAUGCCUUGCGCCGCUUGGUGAAUUUUAUCAUUCGAGGAUGUGGCUGUAUGACUGCUGUGACCGAAGAAGCGUUCCAAAAAGAAGAUGUCUCAAUCGAAGUUCUGAAGGAAUUAGAAGAAGAAUUGGCUAAGUUGCCACAACCUGAAUAUCCGGUCAUAUCGAGAUCCAAGACCGGCAAAACACUCAAGAAAAGCAUCUUGAACUUCUUUGCAUUUAUGGUCCAACAGUGCCAGCACGAGAUUAUAUACGAUGGAUCGUUCACUGAAACACUGCAGAAUUGGCUGACGACCAUGUCAAGUUCUGUUUACCGUCCUUUCCGCCACACCGCCACGAUCCUGACGUUCCGAAUCAUGAACUCGUUGUGCACGUUUGCGGAUAAAAUCAACAGUGAACUCCAAGUUGUGACUCGACAACUUCGAACUGAAAACGAACGUCAGACUAGUCGCGCUAGAAACACCCAAAAGAAACGAAUGCUUGAACAACGAUCACAUACCUUGGACCGUAAAAAGAAUAACUUGCAUGAAUACAUGACCGACUUUUUUGAAGGAGACGUGGAGUCUGUCAUUCGAGGAGAAUGUAUCAAGGAGCUGCGUGCAUGGAUCCAGGUAUAUCCUGUUCAUUACGCCGACAAUGUGUAUCUUCGGUACUUUGGCUGGGCGCUCAAUGAUACGGUCGCAGCUGUCCGAUCAGAAGCACUGAAAGCUAUUAUGCGACUCUACCAAAUCGAGACGAUCGUGCAAAAACUGCAGAGCUUUACAAACCGAUUCAAAGGACGUAUCGAAGAAAUGGCCUUGUACGACAUUGAUCUAUCUGUACGACUCCACGGUAUUGAACUCUGCCAUGUCUUGUUCCGCCACAACAGUGAAUGGAUCAGCGAAAACGGUCGCGACGAAUUGAUGCAUCUCGUGUUCCUUGACAAUGAACGACUACAAAAAACUGUGGCUCCGUUUGUUAAAGCGGUGAUGGAAGCCAAAGUCUUUGAGCCCAUGGUGGAAGAGACUGAAAAAGCGCUGAGUGCUAUGAACGUCAAUGGUUCGGAAAGCAACAACACCAACAAUGAUGCAGUGGAAAAGACGUGGAUCUCGUUCAAGUGUCUCGCCACGUUCUUAGUCGAACGAAUUUCGAGUGAAACGCCCCAUGGAGACAGCAGUAAUAGCAAUAGUUUGAACGGAGGCAUGGAUAAUUCUUUGAGCAUGGUGGUGUCGGAUGAAGUUUGCGAUAAAUUGGUGGUGAAUGCUGUUGAAGCCUUGUGGAGUCAUAUGUCGGUGCUACAGGACUAUAAAAGCUUGGCCGAAUACUUGACACGUGACCAUUCGAGCAGCUCUCAUCAAGAAGAUCAAGAAGAGCUCGCUACUGCAGGUCAAGCUAACUUGGCUCCUGUUGUUCAAGAAUGCUACCGCCUUGCCGAAGAAGAAGAAACUGUCCUUGUCAAAGUCCUUGUCACAUCACUCCGACUGAUCACUGAAAGAGGCUUUUUGGAUAUGUCGGAUAGCAAGACAAAGAAGGCUCAUGAUGAGGCACAGCUUGAAAGCAAUCGAAGCACAAUCUCACGCUACCUGGUGCAAGUUCUGCCUCGUCUGUUAACCAAGCAUAUCGAUAGCGCAACUAAUAUGAUCAAGCUUAUUACUAUCCCACAACUGAUGAAUAUGAACGUUUAUGCAGAAUUACGAAUGCAAAAAGAGUAUGAAGAACUCCUAUUGACGAUUAUCAAGGUCUACAUCGGUGCCACUGUGCCUGAACUUUUACAAAACUGUGCUGGAUCGUUGCAUCAUCUGUUCAAGGUGGAACUUUUGGGAGAUGUUAACGAGCGUCAGUUCCCCGAACUGAUGGAACGUGUCACUUCUCAAGUACGCGACGCCUGCCGAGGAAAGGAUAUCGCCAGCGCUCGAUUCGAUGCCGAUGAUAUCCAUGCCACAACCACCAGUCUCCUUCGUUUAGACCAUCUGAUCAACUUUAUCGAUAUGACUGACAUGAUGGACGAAUCCGAGGACAUGGAUGAAGACAUCACCGAACUCGUAGGCCAUUUUGUGGACCGUGCUGUAUCCGGAUACAAAAAGGAGAAGCAAAACAGUUUGUCCGCCAUGGCCAUUCUUUUCCGCUAUAUGGUCUGGAAGUGUGAGCGAGUGUCGAAUGAUCGCGAACUGAACGAAGCAGGCAGAGUGGCUGUUGGCAAGAUCGAACGACGCCGUGAUUGGGUGUUGGAGAAAUACACAACCUUGGUGACAAUGUCGACGGAUAUCAAGCCACUAGCCACUGUGAAAUCUACUGCAUUUGGUAUCCUCAUGGAUCUGUAUUGGAUAUUCUCGAGUGAUCUCUUUGCCAACGAUGGCCUUGACCUGCUGUAUCUCCAAUGCCCCGAAAACGUGCAACAAGAAUGCGAAAAGUAUAUUGCAGCCGAACUGGUAAACUGGCGGGAAGCAUUGGAAAGCAACAAUGAGGAUGAUGAGGACUCGGACGAAGAAGCCAUGCCCAACCAUGGCGGUGUGGAUCUUGUUGCCAAUAUAGCGCGCGCCAUCAUGGCCAAGGUGCUUGACUACAAAUACGCCAUUCCACUUGCAGCUGAGUAUGGCCACCUUGAGGAAGAUGCGGAUGAUAUCAUCAAGGCAUUGAUCGAGGAAACAAAGAAGGAUGUAAUUGGCAAUGACGACAGUCAGACCGAGAGAAUUUGCCGCAUGUAUAUUGGCGGCAUCAAACAGGCAUUCGAAUUGUAUGUCAACCAAGCACCUCGUUCUAUUGACAAGCUUCUGCCAUUUGCACGACUGGUCUCUCAAACACUCUAUCUCGCCGAUCAAGAGGACCCUGCACGCCACGUGGCGCAACAUGUGAUAUGCGAGCAGAUUCACCUCAACGGUAUUACCUUUGCGCUCACAAAGGCAGCCGAGCACAAGAAUAACCACAACCGCGCCGAGAUGAGUGUAGCGUUGAAAUUCUUCCGGGUUCUAAGUGUCUUAACCAAACCAUUGAAACGAGCACGCGAUGUGGCGAAGAUACACAAACAUAUUGAAAAGUGCUUGGACGAGCUUGAUCUGACGGUUGAGACGAACGAUAAGGAGUGGGAUGCGUACGAUGCAUACAUUAAAGACAUUGACACAAUCCUCAGAAAGAAAGGUCUUCGUUACGACAACCAGCACGCAGCAGCAACAGCUGCCGCAACAGCACAACAACCACAACAACAACAACAACCACAGCAAUAA